AAAUAUAAAAAGAACAGCGUCAUCUACUUUCUUUUUUCUGGAACAACCUCAACUCACCCCUUUCUUAGCUUAAUUGCUCGCCACUCGUUUUAUGCCUUCUCAAUCUCAUCAUCGAAUUCCACUCUUCCACACUCUCAACAACACCGACUAACCAACGCAACGCAACGCUCCUUCAACCAUAAUUUCUCAUACACUCUCUCUCCGGUUCUCACCGCUCCCUUCUCCACGCGCGCCCCAUGGGAUGAACUUCAACGUCUGCCGCGAUUCCGUUUCCCUUCAAUGGAGUGGGACAGCAAUUCUGAUCUCAGCGGCGACGACGACGCCGCUUCCUUCCUCCUCAACGACGACGAUGACGACGUCGUCGGGCCCCUCCCCUUUCCCAUCCUCCAAACCGCCCCCUGCGGCUUCGUCGUCACCGAUGCGCUCGAGCCCGACCACCCUAUCAUAUACGUCAACGCCGUUUUCGAGAUGGUUACCGGCUACCGCGCAGAAGAAGUGCUCGGUCGCAACUGCCGAUUCUUGCAGUGUCGAGGUCCAUUUGCUAAGAGAAGGCAUCCAUUGGUGGACUCAACUGUUGUUUCAGAGAUUAGAAGAUGCCUUGACGAAGGGGUUGAAUUCCAAGGUGAGUUGCUGAACUUUAGGAAAGAUGGAUCUCCACUUAUGAACAGAUUGCGUCUGACACCUAUAUAUGGAGAUGAUGAGAUAACUCAUGUCAUUGGAAUCCAGUUCUUCACAGAGGCAAACAUUGAUCUUGGUCCCCUUCCUGGUUCUAUGUUUAAGGAAUUUACUAAAUCAUCAGAUCUUUUUCUUUUUGUGCUUUCUUCUUUGAAUCCUCUUCUUGUUGGGGAUCGUAAUGUUACUCGUGGAUUUUGUGGUAUAUUGCAUUUAAGUGAUGAGGUAUUGUCUCUCAAGAUACUUUCUCGCUUUACUCCAAGAGAUAUUGCAUCUGUUUGUUCUGUUUGUAGGCUUUUUUAUGAGCUAACAAAAAUUGAAUAUCUUUGGAGAAUGGUGUGUCAAAAUGCUUGGGGCAGUGAGACUACACGUGUUUUAGAGACUGUGCCUGGUGCAAGGAGACUUGGAUGGGGUCGGCUGGCAAGAGAACUGACCACUCUUGAAGCAGCAGCUUGGAGGAAACUGACUGUUGGAGGUGUUGUUGAACCUUCACGUUGUAAUUUUAGUGCUUGUGCAGUUGGUAAUAGGGUUGUCUUAUUUGGUGGUGAAGGGGUUAACAUGCAACCUAUGAAUGAUACCUUUGUACUGGAUCUGAAUUCAAGUAAUCCUGAGUGGCAACAUGUCCAGGUGAGUUCUCCUCCCCCUGGUCGGUGGGGCCACACACUUUCUUGUGUUAAUGGUUCUCGUUUGGUUGUAUUUGGAGGAUGUGGAAGGCAGGGCUUGCUCAAUGAUGUGUUUGUUCUGGACCUGGAUGCAAAGCCUCCAACAUGGCGUGAAAUCUCUGGACUGGCACCUCCACUUCCGAGAUCUUGGCAUAGCUCCUGUACACUUGAUGGUACUAAGUUGAUAGUUUCUGGUGGCUGUGCUGAUUCUGGUGUACUCUUGAGUGAUACUUUCCUUCUUGAUCUUUCAAUGGAGAAGCCUGUCUGGAGAGAGAUACCAGUAGCAUGGACUCCACCUUCGCGACUGGGUCACACACUAUCUGUUUAUGGUGGUAGGAAAAUACUGAUGUUUGGGGGUCUGGCCAAGAGUGGGCCCUUGCGAUUUCGCUCUAGUGAUGUAUUCACGAUGGAUUUAAGUGAGGAGGAGCCAUGUUGGAGGUGUGUAACGGGGAGUGGAAUGCCAGGUGCUGGAAAUCCAGGAGGCAUAGCUCCCCCUCCUAGACUUGAUCAUGUGGCUGUGACCCUUCCAGGUGGGAGAAUUCUGAUAUUUGGUGGGUCUGUUGCAGGCCUUCAUUCUGCUUCCCAGCUUUACAUACUAGACCCGACUGACGAGAAGCCUACAUGGAGAAUCCUAAAUGUACCUGGGCGCCCUCCAAGAUUUGCUUGGGGACAUAGUACAUGUGUUGUUGGAGGGACAAGAGCUAUUGUACUAGGUGGUCAAACUGGGGAAGAAUGGAUGCUAAGUGAGCUCCAUGAACUUUCCUUGGCAAGUUCUGUCAUCUAAAUUCAGUCAAUAAACGGGCAUGCUGCUGUGAGGGGAAUGCUAAAAUCAUGAAAUCAUUUUAAGGCGGAAAAUGUUUGUGUUGGUCACUGAAAACUCUUGACAAGCACUGCUCUGGUCAGAACAUUUGUGUAUUUAGUUGUUUCUACGUUGCAUUUUAUAUUAGGGUUGGUUCUGGCUCGAGAACUUUUCAAUGAGUGACACAAUACCAUGUUUGGUUUUUUUGAGGUUGUGUGAGACUUUGCCCUUCAGUAUGCACAAUGAAUUAUUCUUCCUGAAUAGAUUAAUAGUGUCUGAUUACACGUAGGUAAUAUAUUAGGUUGUAGCUCACUUGAUUUUCCCAUCUGUUGCUAUGUUCAACUUAUGUAAUUUGAACCAUGACAAAGGAUAGAGAAAAAGAAGAAAUGCAUGUUUAUAGUAAUAUAAUUUGGUCUGUGUAUGUAAUGGAAGUCUCUACUGUUUUAUGCUUUUGAACAGGUCUGCUGACAUGGUCAUAAUUUGUUGUAAUGGUCUGUGACACUGCAAACAGGUGUAUAAGGUAGGGGACCCUGCAGUUUGUACUUAUUUUUCUUUAUGUUAUAAUAUGGAGUAUGGUAA